CUCUGCAUAGGCACCCAAACACUCCCCUAUUCUUCUUGAAGGUCCAGUAACGUUUUGUACUAUACACAAUGGGUAUCCCCAAAUUCUUCAGGUGGAUCUCGGAGAGGUAUCCUUUGACCUCCCAGCUGAUCACUCCCAACUCCAUUCCCACUUUCGACAAUCUUUACUUGGACAUGAAUGGUAUCAUUCACAAUUGCUCCCACCCUCCCUCUUCGGAAAAUGACCCCCAUUUCCGUAUAACGGAAGAACAAAUGAUCAUUGCUAUUUUCGCGUAUAUCGACCACCUAUUCACCAAAAUCAAACCCCAGAAAGUAUUCUUCAUGGCCAUCGACGGCUGUGCGCCUCGAGCCAAGAUGAACCAGCAGCGUAGUCGACGAUUCCGAACGGCGCGGGACGCCAGGGAGCAGCGGCUCCAGGCAGAGAAGAAUGGUGAAAAGCUCCCAGAGGAAAAGGCUUUCGACUCGAAUGCCAUUACGCCCGGUACGCCAUUCAUGGCGAGGCUCUCUGAGCACUUGAAGUAUUACGUUAGAAAGAGAAUAUCUGAAGACGCCGACUGGCGAAACAUCAAGGUCAUCUUUAGUGGACAUGAUGUUCCCGGAGAAGGCGAACACAAGAUUCAAGAGUUUAUUCGAUUGAACAAGGCUCAGCCAGACUACAACCCAAACACUAGGCAUUGUCUUUACGGGCUCGAUGCCGAUUUGAUCAUGUUGGGCCUUUUGAGCCACGACCCCCACUUUUGUUUGCUGCGUGAGGAAGUUGUCUUUGGCCGCAAGUCCAAGAAGAACACCGAGCUCGCAAACGCAAACUUUUUCCUUCUCCAUAUCUCUCUUCUGAGAGAGUACCUCAACCUAGAGUUCUCGUCGCUCCAGCACGAGAUCCCAUUCGAGUACGACUUGGAGCGUAUCAUUGAUGAUUUCAUUUUGAUGGCCAUCUUUGUCGGAAACGACUUCUUGCCUCAUUUGCCCGACCAGCACAUCAACGAAGGUGCGCUGGAAAGGAUCUGGGGAUACUACAAGGAAUUGUUGCCCACUAUUGAUGGGUACCUCAACGAGCACGGGACAAUCUCUUUGCCCAGGUUGCAGCUCUUGCUUGAUAAACUCGCCGCGUACGAGACCAAGAAAUUCGAAGAAGACCUCCAAGGUCAAGUGCAUUACUCUGGUAAUCAUACCAAAGACACUGUUGCUAUAGAAAAGGCACGAAAGAAGGGAAAGAAGGUGAUUACAAAGUACCAGAAAAAGGUUCUCGACCAAAUUCGCACAUUCGUGCAACAACAUCAAAAGAAAUCAACCGAUACCAAACGCUUCGCUUUGGUAGACACCAAGGACCAGCGUGACAACGCCUUCAUCCAAGAAAUUGGUGACGAGCUACACCUGCGCGUGACUUGGGAUGAAGUCGACGACUAUGGACAAAACAUGAUUGCCCUUACAUUCGACAUGGAGGGCGUCAGCCAGAACGGUAGCGCAAAGGGUGGAAACGACAGUGAAGAAUCAGAAACCGAUGAGGAUGACGAAGGUGCUCAGGCCAUUCAAAGGGUCUUUGCCAAGUGGAACAAGGCAGUGAUCGUCGAUACCUACCCCGAGGAAGUCGAACAGUCGAUGGACGUCAGGUUGAAGGAGGCGAUGGACAAUGUUAAAAAGACUUACUACCAUGACAAACUCGAAAUCAGCUACGAAAACCCCGCAGACAUGUACGAAAUCGUCCACCACUAUAUCGAAGGUCUUCAGUGGAUCUUAAACUACUACUACAAGGGUGUUUCCAGCUGGGGAUGGUUCUACAAGUAUCACUACUCUCCCCGAAUCACCGACCUUAAAGGCAUCGCCGAUAUGAAGUUUGAAUUCGACUAUGGACAGCCAUUCCUCCCCUUUCAGCAAUUGAUGGGUGUCCUUCCCGCCGAUUCUCAAGAGCAUGUGCCACUCGCCUACCGAGAUCUUAUGUACGAUCCCACAUCCCCCAUCCUCGACUUUUAUCCCAAAGACUUUGAACUGGAUAUGAACGGUAAGAAGGCUGAUUGGGAGGCUGUGGUCAAGAUCCCCUUCAUCGAUCAGAACAGAUUGUUGAAGGCUAUGGCCGCUCGCGACCAUCGUCUUACCCCCGAGGAGCGAAGCCGAAACCAGAGCGGUGUUCUCAGUACCCAAUUUGUCUUUGAUGGCGAAUUGGAGGAAAACUACCCCUCAUCUCUGCCCGGAAGUUUCCCCGAGCUUACCCGGUGCCAUUGCAAAGCGUCACCCUUCAACCUGCCUACAUUGGGUAACGGGGUUGAUCUCAUUCUUGGUCUUCUUGACGGUGUCCACCUCGGUUCCUCUGCCCUUGCUGGAUUCCCCUCUUUGAACACCAUCCCUCACCAUGGCGCCUUGGGCUUCCAUGGCGUCGUUGUCUUCCAAAGUGAAAGCCGAAAUCCGUCCAUGGUGAUCACCAUUACCGACAAGGACGAAAGACCCAAGACCACCGAGAUUGCUCGUGCCACAAUUGGCCAGAGGACCUAUCACAACUGGCCUUACCUGCAGGAAGGUCUCGUUGUGGCCGUGUCUGAUGACAUGUUCAAGUGUGAGGUACAGCAGAUGGGUCAUGUUGCCAAGAUUGUCCAGUCUCCUCAUCACGGGGCGGACGCUGUCAAGUGGAAGAGGCAGGCCGACAAUGUGGAGAGGCAUUAUGGCAGGAGGUACGGUGUCAUUACUGGACCGGUAGAGGUCUUGUUACAUAUCAGGCCACUCAAGGGCUUGAAGCAUCUCGACAACGGAGCUCUGAUCAAGGAUUACGAAGGUCCCGAGAAGGAGAUUGUCCAAGCUUACCAGAUGGCUGUCUCCAACGUGGCCUUUGAGGACGAACGCUUCCUCGAACAAGGUCCACCCGACUUGAAUGUCGAGUACCCCCCUGGAGAAAAGGUCUUGUUCCUUGGUGAUGUUAACAAUAACUAUGGUUGUGCCGCCCAGGUAUCAAAGAUCAAUGACAAAACUCAGACUCUGGACAUUAUUCUCGCCGUAAAUCUACAACUCUACCGAUUCUCUAUCACGCUAAUAUCUUCUAGUACUUUGAGGGCGAAGCGCGCGACAAUUUGGCCUUCCGCGACCUCGCAACCCAGCGUCCUUCAAGCAAAUGGUGGCCUUCCCCUACCCUCAGUCGCCGUCUGGGCAUCUCUGCUCUUGCACUCUCUCGUAUCACAUCCACGCUUCUGGUGCAACUCGAAGAUGGCUCCAAGACUAACAUCGGCCUUCCUCUCAAGUUUGAGUCUCGUGGCUUGAAGGUCCUUGGAUUUACCAAGAGAAACGACAGAGGAUGGGAGUACAGCGAGAAAGCUGCCCAAGUGCUCCAAGAAUACAAGGCGGCGUUCCCCGAGGUCUUUGCCAAGAUUGAAAACAGGAGCGGUGAUCUGGCUAAAAGUCGGGAACUUUGCCCCAGUGCGGAAGACCCGGAUGGUGUCAUCAAGGCUAUGAAAAAGUGGCUCAAGGAGCGCGACUUGGUCGAUUUCGAGACUGUUUCUCUGUUUGCCGACCAGCUUGAAAAGGAAACCUGUGAGGCGAUCGAAAAGCUUGCCGAUCAGUUGUAUGCACACAAGGCUCAGUCUCAGCAGCAGAUCAGGAAGCAGCUUCUCAGAUCUGUUCCUCGACAAAGUCUGCUCAAGCCGGCCCAGUCCAUUUAUCGCCUCCAAGGUCAAGUGUUUGAAGUUGGUCAUCGAGUCAUCAUGGUCCAAGAUCCUGCUGCUGGCGGUGUGCCCACUGGUAUGCGAGGUGUCGUCGUCGGAUUGGGCGCCAAGUCCAUAGAUGUUAUCUGGGACACUCCGUUCAUGGGCGGCACUACCUUGCAAGGCAGAUGUUCCGAGUACCGUGGUUCAUCUGUGCCGUUUUCGUCUUGUCUCAACUUGACCAGAAGGCAGUUCAUGGUUACGGAGGGCUCGGCUCCCAAGCCUGUGAGUCAGUCGACCUUCAAGCCUCAGUUCGGGCCUCGUCCCGCUGUGCAAGGUCCAAACUACCAGUCCUCGACUGUUGCUCGCCAGCCCCCUUCUACGGGCAAUAAGACCUUGUUUGACCCGAGCAGUGCUGUAAAGCCCGCCACCGCACGCUCCGGUGUCGCCAUCGUUGGCUCCAACGGGCAUCUACACUAUGGCAACGCUGCUAAGGGUAUCAAACCUGAGGUAGAGGCCCAGCAGCACGUCAGCCAUAGAGACCAGAUCGCAAACCUGCUCGGCGGCGGACUGAAGCUCAGCCAAGCACCUCGUCCCCAAUUCAGCCAUCCUGCGUCUUACGCCCCGGCUCAAGGUCCUGGAAUUCAUCCGCCCGGCAACGCUUUCGCCCAUCCCCCGCCUGCGUUUGCCAACCGCGGUGGACCGCCAGCUCGAGGCAGGGGCAGAGGCAGAGGCGGCUUCAACCCCGCUGUCAACCCGGCAAGCACCCAUGUGCAUACCCCUGCUGCUCCUCUCAACGGAAAUGUCGCAUCGCAAGCUGACGGUGCUGGUCGCGGCGGAGCCAGAGGGAGAGGCGGUCGAGGAAGGGGUGGAUUUGUGAGAGGCAGAGGCAGGGGCGGUGCGAAUGGGGCUGCAAAUGCGAACGGUGGCCAGUGAACAUAAACAGAUAAAUUAGCAGCAUACAUAUUUUUUUAUGGGAUGCAUGGUUCAUAAGGUCUACGUGAACCCAUGAAACGCAG